AUGAAUGAGCUCAUCAGCCUCUAAAUACAUUAUUCUUCCUCCUAAUUGUAAGCAUUAAGCUGCAAUGGAAUUUCUAUUCCCAUUUCUGAAUGCCACAACGGCAUGGCUGAUUGCUCUACUUUUCUUUGCCUUCUACUUCCAGAAACGGAAGACUACAGUUUCCGAUAAACCUGAACCACCUAAAGCCGCCGGCGCCUUGCCUCUAGUUGGUCACCUGCCUCUGUUGUCAGGAGAUGAACCCGCCUAUAUAACAUUAGGCCGCUUAGCUGAUAAGUACGGACCCAUCUACUCCGUUCAGCUCGGAAGGCAGAAAGCAGUAGCGGUCAGCUCCAAGGAUUUGCUCAAAGAAUUGUUUACGGUCAAUGAUUUAGCAGUUUCUGACCGGCCUGAAUCAACUGCUAUAAAGCACCUGGGCUACAAUGGUGUGAUGUUCGCAAUCGGACGGUACGGAGAAUAUUGGCGUGAACUUCGGAAGAUGGUAAUGGUGGAACUUCUCUCCAAUCGCCACGUUGAGUUACUGAAACCGGUCAGAGCCUCUGAAUCGGAAACUUUCGUGAAGGAACUGUACAAGCACUGGGAAGAGAAUAAAAAUGGGUCGGGCCAUCUUCUUGUUGAGAUGGAUUCUUGGCUCGGGGACAUGACUCUUAAUAUGCUUGUUAGAGUUGUUGUAGGGAAGAGAUACUUCGGCAAAAAUGCAGAAGGUGACCGGAAAAUUGCAAAUCGGUGCAAGGAAGGCCUAAGAGAAUUUUUUUAUUACUUAGGGCUGUUUGUUUUGGAGGAUGCAAUUCCAUUUCUUGGGUUUCUUGAUGUGGGCGGACAUGUAAAGGGCAUGAAACGCACUGCCAAGGAAUUGGACGAUAUCGCUUCUGAGUGGUUAGCAGAACAUCGCCGGAAGCAAGCUUCCGGUGAGAAAAUGGACGAAAAGGAUGUGCCGGACUUAAUGGGUUUAAUGAUAAAAGCGCUUGAAGGAGUGAAUUAUUCUGGUCAUAACCCUGAUAUGAUCAACAAAUCUACGUGUGUGAAUUUAAUUGCAGGAGGGGCUGACACGUCAUCAAUAAUCUUGACUUGGAUACUUUCUUUACUGCUAAACCACAAGGAGGUAUUGAGGAAGGCAUACGAAGAAUUGGACAGGGUGGUCGGCAAGGAAAGACUGGUGCAAGAAUCAGAUCUUCAAAACUUACCUUAUAUCCUCGGAAUUCUUAAAGAAACACUCCGAUUAUACCCGCCGGCUCCGCUUCUCGGUCCCCGGGAGAUGAGAGAAGACUGCAUGCUCGGCGGCUACUUCAUCAAGAAAGGCACUCGGAUUCUUCCAAAUGUUGGGAAAAUGCAGAUCGAUCCUAACGUUUGGCCCGAACCACUGGAGUUCAAGCCGGAGCGGUUUCUUGAUCCGAAAUAUAAGCAUAUCGAUGUCAAGGGGUCGCAUUAUGAGUUGUUGCCGUUCGGUAGCGGAAGAAGGGUCUGCCCUGGAUCAAGUCUGGGUAUGCCAAUGUUGCAGUUGUCAUUGGCUAUGUUUCUUCAGUGUUUUGACAUUUCUAACCCUUCUGAUAAACCAAUUGACCUAACUGGAUGCGUUGGGCUGAACUUUGCGAAAAGGGACCCCCUUAAGCUUCUUGCUAAACCCAGACUGUCUCCUGAAAUUUAUUCCAUGUAACGCCGUUAAUUUCUCUUCUGCAGUUGUGAGUGGCCUCAGUAUUUGAUAAAACUACUCGAGGCUCCGUAUUUGCUCGUGUAUCUUCGAUCUUGUAAUAAAAUUAAUUAAUCUAGCUCUACGUGGAGUUCAGCUUAAAA